GCGGUCUCAGUCAGGUCCAGCUGCAGACACACAAUGGCAGUCUGUGUGAUGUUUGUUCAAACUUUUGUUUUGUUUUAUGCAAUAAUAUCUUAUUCCUCGGCACAAACGCCGUUAACUGUAUCUCCUCCUAAUAUUAUCAUCAUGCUCAUGGAUGACAUGGGUUGGGGUGACUUAGGUGUGUUGGGCCAGCCUUCCAAAGAGACUCCCAACCUGGACACUAUGGCUGCUGAGGGGAUGCUGCUACCAAACUUUUACACUGCUAACCCGCUGUGUUCCCCGUCUCGAGCUGCCCUUCUCAUUGGGAGGCUGCCGGUCAGAAAUGGUUUCUACACCACGAAUGCUCACGCCAGAAAUGCAUACACGCCUCAGGAGAUAGUGGGCGGGAUCUCAAAGGAUGAGAUUCUGUUGCCAGAGAUGCUGAAGGAAAAAGGCUAUGUCAGCAAAAUAGUUGGGAAAUGGCAUCUUGGCCACCGACCUCAGUACCUUCCUCUGGAGCAUGGUUUCGAUGAGUGGUUCGGCUCUCCAAAUUGCCACUUUGGACCCUACGACAACAGUAACACACCCAACAUUCCUGUCUACAAAAACUCUGAGAUGGUUGGCAGAUAUUAUGAGGAGUUUGUGAUUGAUAGAAAAACAGGAGAAUCCAACCUCACACAGAUCUACCUAAAGGAAGGUCUUGACUUCAUACUCCACCAGGCUAAGUUCCAGCGGCCUUUCUUCCUGUACUGGGCAGCUGAUGCUACUCACGCCCCGGUGUACGCCUCCAAAAACUUUCUAGGAAAGAGCCAGCGAGGCCGGUACGGUGAUGCAGUGAUGGAGCUGGAUGACAGUGUCGGUCAGAUCCUGUUGCAACUGAGGGUGCUGGGCAUCGAAAAUAAUACCUUUGUCUUCUUCACUUCAGACAAUGGAGCUGCAGUCUCAUCUGGGCCACAUGAGAGUGGCAGCAAUGGACCGUUCCUCUGUGGGAAGGAGACCACAUUUGAAGGGGGUAUGAGGGAGCCUGCUAUUGCCUGGUGGCCUGGACACAUCAAAGAAGGCAUGGUGAGCUUCCAGCUGGCCAAUGUGAUGGACCUGUACACUACUAGUCUAGCCUUUGCCGGCCUCAUCCCACCUAAUGACAGAAUAUUGGAUGGACUGGACUUGACAACGGUCUUCCUAAACAGCUCAGAAAAACUCCAAAACAGUUCACUCAUAGAAAGGCCCAUCUUCUAUUAUCGAGGGAAUGAGAUGAUGGCGGUGAGGAUUGGACAGUAUAAGGCACACUACUGGACCUGGAGUAACUCAGUUGAGGAGUUUGAAAAGGGUAUCAACUUUUGUCCAGGUGAAGAAGUUCCAGGUGUGACCACCCACAUUCAAAAAGAACACACGCUGCAGCCCAUCAUUUUCCACCUGGGGCGUGAUCCUGGAGAAAAAUACCCCAUUGAUGUUUUGACUCAGGAGUACCAGGAGGUGCUGAGCAGAAUCUCUCCCGUUGUCGAGGAACAUAAGAAGACUCUUGUGCCGGGAGUUCCUCAGCUCAACAUGUGUGAUGCUGCUGUAAUGAAUUGGGCUCCUCCAGGCUGUGAAAAGAUCGGAAAGUGUCUCAAAGUGCCAAAAUCUGAGCCCUGGAAGUGUAGUUGGCCUCACUGAGAGUAAAACCACUGAG